CAACUCCCAGUCUCUCACUGGAGUCUGGUGCAUCUCUGAUCUGGGGUCAGUCUGUCCAGAUGAGCUGCUCCAUCUCCACACAGCACCUGGGUGGGACGUUCACCCUGCAGCAGCGCUCUGGCUCAGUCAGAGACACAAAGAGAUCCUCGACACGCUCGGCCAUCUUCUCCAUUCCUCAGGUGGACUUCAUCCAUGAAGGAGCCUACUACUGCCAGUAUCAAACACAAGUGUCUAGCAGAGACUUCACAUCCCCUCAGAGUAAUACCGUCAGCUUUGCGGUGACAGUGUCUCUGGUGCAGCCCAACAUCUCUGUAGUUGCCCCAGAUGGAGGGCUGUUCUGGGGGCCUCAGGGGCCAGAGGUGACCAGGGGCCACAGCCUCUCCAUCCUCUGCUCUACUGAAGCCCAAUACCCAGGAGGCUCCUUCCACCUCCUCUUGGACGCCUCCAACAGCACCAGGACUCAGAGCGCCCUCAACCACUCAGCCUCCUUCCACAUCCCUGAGAUAGAGCACUCCCACCAGGGCAACUACAGCUGUGUCUACCAGGUCACAGUGUCCAGCCGCACCUUCAACUCAACACAGUCCGAACCACUAACUCUCACUGUAAGAGUUUUCCUGGCCCCAAUCAUUUCCUCUGUAUUAGUCUGUGGAUUAUUCCUACUCAUCACGACCUCUGCUGUCAUCUACCUGGCCAAGAGGAAGGACGAGGCCAAUGAGGAGAGCCUGCCUAUGGCAACGUUUGCUCCUGCCGUAUCUGGCACUGGAAAUAGCUCUGAGCACGGGCCAGAUGCCACACCUGCAGAUGACAACAUCUACAUGAACACAAUGGAGCUUGCUGACAGCGGCCAUUGCGGAGGCGCAGAAGAUGACUUGGAAGAUGACGACUAUGAAAAUAGCGAAAAAUUCAAGAUUUCAACUGGCAUAGACAAUGACCAUGAGGAGGAUGACAUCUAUCAGAACCAUAACUGAGAGCUUGGCGGGAUCUGUGAAUUUUGUUUUACUUAAUUUUGUGCUUCCUGCUUAGGCUGUUUCUGCAAUAUGGAUGUAGUGUACUUAUACUAGAGGUGGGGAACCUUUUUCAGUCAAUUAAGUUUUACAAUACUCAGGGGACCCAGAGAAGGUGUGGUCUGUUUUAAAGGUGUAUGCCUUCCAUUUAGGCUCAAAGUGCGGGAGGAAAUCCUGAUUUGUGUUGAAAGUACGGCCCUUGGAGGACUUUUACGGCCCUAGGAGGAAUUUGAAGUGGCCUCUUGAAUGAAAAAGGUUCCCCACCCCUGAGUUAAAUGAUUAAGUUUUACGUUUGUCCUGUACUUCUAGCCAUGGCUGCACAUGCAGCAUGAGUGCACAUGCAGCAUGAGUGUUUGUACAGUAC